GUGGAUGGAAGUUUGUCAGUGCUUAUGAAAUUGAUUUUUACUCUUGAGGACAGGACUAAAGACAUUCUUAAUGCCAAUAUGAUUUCCGCGAAGACGUGCGUCAGAUUUAAUCCACAUGCUAAUGAAACCGACUAUUUGCACUUUGAGUACGGAAAAGGGUGUGCAUCUUAUGUUGGAUGUAUGGGGGUGAGCAGCCUCUUCUGAUUGGGCCAAAUGUAAAGUUGGGAACAUCUGCCACGAGAUCCUUCACCACGAGCAUUCCCGAUAUGACCGUGGUGAUCAUACUUAGUAAAAACAUUGCCUCUGGGAAAGAGGACAAUUUUGUGAAGAAAAAGGGGAACACCCUCGGUCUAAAAUAUGACCUGGAAUCAAUCAUGCAUUAUGGAAACAAUUAUUUCUCUCGCAAUGGAAUGCCCACAAUUGAGCCCAAAGAGAGCAGUGUAACAAUCGGCCAGAGGAGUCACUUGUCUGAUCUGGAUGUGCAAAGGAUCAGGAGGCUGUACCACUGUGACGAGACACGAUAAGGAUCAAGCGAAAUGUUGAAUGGUUACUUGAUAACAGAGGCAUUUUGAAUCUAGGAGGAC